CAUCGUUUCCAGUUUUGACUGUGCUUAAGUUCAAUAUUGUAACGUGGUAGAACAUAUCGCGGAGUGCUUAGAAUUUUUAGAAUUCCUAUUUUUAGUUACACGUGCAUUCACACACACGCCGUUUGAGUAGAAAAGCUUUCUAGCAUCACAACACAACCGAAAAAGGAUUUACAACUUGCGCACAACUGAAUUUGUAUGAUUAGAACUUUCUCAACACGAAAUUAAACAACGACCUGUGUGCGAUUUAGAGCGAGGCGAACUCCAACUGAAGAAGGAUCCACUCAGCAAGCUCGUAAAGGUGUAGUUGCACUUUUUGCAUUAUACGUGAUACUAUAACUAGAUCACCUGGCUCUGUAAGUGUGAAGAUUAUUCGGGUUGUACAAUGAAAUUGAGUUCGCCAAUCACGUGGGCGCAGCGGUCUCCGACGAACAUCAUGUCAGGCUUUGGUUGGCAUGGCCGCUUUGUGUUGCAGUGUCUACUGAUGCUCAGUGCAGGCAGUCUGCUCAACAUACCUGGUUCUAUGCGGGUGGUGCAGGUUCGGGCUGCUGCGGAGCAUACAGAGGACGUGGCCGCGCAGGGAAAAACUGUAAAGGACCCGGAGCCCCCUCCUGAGGCAGAAAACCACAGUGGCACAGUUACGGAUGACGAUGGGAGCGAUUCACACGUGCCGCUGAAAAAACCGUUCGAGCAGAAAAACAAAGUGCCUCCUGAGCGACCCUCCGAUGUAGCACACGCGAAAGUGGGACACGGCGAGGAGAAGGCAGAUGAAGAGGACCACGGUCGCGCUUCUGCUAGAUCGAAGAAAAAGCAUGGUGCUGAAGUGUCGUCGGCAGAGACUGGUGCCCGCGGUACGGAUCAUGGAGACGCCGAAGAAGAUGAGGAUGAUGCGGAAGAAGGAAAUAAAGCAGAUGAAGAUCAUGAUCAAUCCGAUGCCGAUUCUGAUGGCGCUGUUUCUGACGACGAAGGCCCCCUUGCUAAAGAAGGAGGCCCCGCCACACGAACAAAGAAACAAAAGCUGCGCAAGAACAAUAAGAAGAAAGAUGAAAAACGAAAAUCCACAGCCGAUGAUGACGAUGAAGAUGAUUCCGACUUUGAGAAAGAAACGGAUGACGAUUCCGACACUGGCGAUGACGAUGAUGACACCUCCACAGCUGCUAGCGACAAUGAGGAAAGAACGGACGGUGCUGACGCAGACGUACCAGCGAAAAAAACGAAAAAACGGCAUCUGAAGAAGUCUGAAAAGCACAAAAAGCAGAAGCAAGGAACGAGGAACCGGAAGAAAGCCACUGAACAUGCGGAAGACGACGAUGGCUCUGCUGCAGACGGAGACGAGCCACAGGGGGACGACAACGGCGAUGACGAUGACGACACAGAUGAAGAAAAGUUUUAUGACGCCGAGCCAGGAGACGAAAAUGAAAGUGACGGCAGUUCUUCGUCGGACGACGCGGAUACGGAUUCUUCUACCGACGACGAUGACGGCUUCCUGAAACCGCACAAAAAAAGUAACAAAAGACCAGGCAAAAAGCAAAAAAGAAAUGCCGCAACUGAAGACAAGGCCGACGAACACGCAGCCCCUCCUUCGGCGGCACGAAAACUACCGAUCAAGAAGAAGGUUGCUGACCCGCCGACACGACCGAAGAAGGACCCCCUGCCCGCCCUGGAAUGGAAGGAGAAUCCGUUGGCGUCCCACUGGCCCAUGUGGAAUUCGCUGAAGGGCACCAAGCACAGCGAGACCUUCGUGAAGGGCGCGUGCCUCGCGGCGAGCGACGACUACCAAACCCUGAAGUGGCAAAACAACUACCCCGGCAAAGGCGAGACGUAUGCGUGGGAGGCGGACAAACUCCCCAGUCCGGACGCCGAGGGGUGUUCCAAGGCGUGCGGGCCGGAUUACGCGAAGGCGCUGGGCAUGACCGGGCCGACUCGUUUCUUCUUCUUCAGUAGCAGCAAUAAGGGCCGGUGCUACUGCACGGACGAGUGCGACAGCGUGAACUUGCAUCCCAAAGGGUUUGUCGCCGCAAACCCGAGCAAGUACCCCUACAAGGGUUUCGUCGCGGGUCACGCCCAUCCAUCCGAACAGGGAAUGUUCGGCUCCUCCGCGCCCGCGCCGAAGAAAAAGCCCACGAUCAAGUCCGAGUUAGGGGACGGGCAGCCGGCGCUGGCGCCGGUGCAGAUCACGCUGGCCACCGGGGAACUGGCGCUGCCCACGCUGGGCGACUGCGUGCGGAUCUCCUCGGAGGGGCUGUCCAUGCCCCAGCAGUUCUUCACGACGGACUACGUCGAGAAGAAUUCGGGGGAGUUCAGCAUGACCACCGCGCGGGUCCGCAAGAUCAAGGAGGGCGACCAGGCGCACGUGCCGGACCUGCCGCAGGCGGACCCCCGCACCAGCCGGGUGCUGCACAUGUCGGCGGCGAAGAUGCUGGAGUUCAAGAUGAUGGAGGACGUGACGUCGGCCGUGAAGCUGAUCACUGGGAGUCUUUUAUCCUAUGUAAAAACGUCCCCACCCCAACAAAAUUGUAAUGCAAAUCUGCAAGCUGAAAAUGUUUCUCAUGCGGAGCCCCAUGAGAAGCAUUUUCUAGUCGCGUUUUGGAAUUUGCAAUACUCCAAUCAGCAUGAUAGGCUAGGUCUGUGAUGCUGCUGAACAAGCUAAACAGGAUUACGCUACGAGGCCAGACUUGUCAUGCGCAACAACCAAGGUUGGCUGAUGUGUCUAGCAGGUUUACCAUCUUGACUAUGGGCUGGGGACGUGUUUGCUCCGCAUAUGUGUCCGGCGGCGUGAACACUGCCGCGGCCAGCUUCGCGAUGGAGGGUUCGCUGGCGCUCGGGAGCCAGGAGUCGAAGAACACGAUCAGCUUCGUGUUCAAGCUGACCGACGUGGUGUCGCAGAAGCAGUUCACCCCGUCGAACUGGACGGCCGAGCACGUGGUGGGCAAGGAUAUCCCGUGUAAAAACAUCCCCACCCCAGAGUUGUCAUGCAAUUCUGCAUGCCAAAAAAGUUUCUCAUGCGGAGCCCUAUGAGGACCAUUUUCUAUUCGUGUUUUGGAAUUUGUGAUGCUAGAAUCAGCAUGCUAGGCUAGAUCUGUGAUGCUUCUGAACUAGCUAAACAGGAUUACACUACGAGGACAAGAAACUUGUCAUGCCAAACAACCAAAGCUGGCUGAUUUGUCUAGCAGAUUUCCCGUCUUGACUCUGGUGUGGGGACGUUUUUAAUCAGGAUAAAGGACUCGCUGUGCACGCACUACGUGUCCGGCGUGUCCAUGGGGGCCCUGGCCACCGGCAUCGCCUCCAUCUCGAAAACCACGGCGUCCAACAGCAUGGACGUGCAGGGGUCGCUGGACAUCGGCGUGAAGCUGUUCAGCGGGCACCUGCAGGCGAAGGUGACCAACAAGAAAACGAGCGAGCAGAGCUCGAUUAAGGUGAAGAUGUUCACGCGCGGCGGCUUAUCAAAAGGAAAAAUCCCCCCUCCCCAUAUCGAAAACGAAAUUUGUGAUGCUGUAUUUGAGUACACAAAUCGACUUGUAAUGGUAGAAGGCCAAGAGACGCAGCUGUGGCCUCGUUUGCAGGCAAUUUGUCAUGCUGUUUCCCACUUCUAGCUGCCCCCUGUCAUGCUGAAGAUGCAAGGCUUUCCCACGCCAACCAGCACUACAGUCCGCACCUUUUCCCUUCUAGCAUGACAAAGCUGAUUUGUAACCACAAAUCUGCAUCACAAAUUUCUAGUUUGAGUAUGGGGUGGGGGGAUUUUUCACGUUGAUACGGCUUCCAGCAUUCCCACCCCUUCUUCCUGUCCGACAGCAAGGCUCUGGCGGACGCGCUGCAGGACCUGCAGGAAACGAGCGAGAUCGUGCGCCCGCUGUCCGGGGUGCCCAUCGCCUACACGCUGACGCCCCUGGUGGCCACCCGGGCCCAGGUGGCGGGCGAAACCAAGGUGGAAAAGGACCCGGAGUCGGGGGAGCUGCGCCGGGUGCCCAAAGACCCGGCUAAGUACGUCAACAUACCGGUGUACACAAUGGGCAUGAUGACUCUGGGCGAAAACCUACAGACGGACCUGCUGCAGGUCGGCGAAUUCAUCCAGUUCAUGGAAACACAGGUACAACCUACUAUACAGAAAUAUUUACAGUACUUCUUCAUAUCUUUUCUUUUAUGUUUUGCACGGAGUAGUAGGGCUGUAUUGCAUGAGACAAUAAACUUCAUCAACCGACAUUAUACAUCGCAAAAAAGCCAAAAGCAAAUAACUCCUCCUCGUCCCACACCACGACAGGUGACGACCGACAACGAGGAGGGCGCUUACGUGUCGCCCGACGGGUUGCCGACCACGAUGUGCUCCGACAAGUGCGCGCCGAACGACAGCACCUGCGUAUCAAAUGUAAAAAUGUCUGGGUGUGGAAGAGUCAUGCUGUUUUUGCAUGACACAGAAGGUCGGGCAUGGAAGCUCUAGCAUCACAGGUUUCGAGAAGCUUCCGCAAUGCCGAGUCCGCAUGAGAAAUCCCCCAUUUUGGUGACCGAAAGUGGGAAGCUUUUGCUACCUAUGCAUGAGAGAUUUUUCUGUGUUCUAAGAUGCGCAUCACAAGUUUGGAUUCUUCCAGACCCAGACAUUUUUACAGUUGAUACUGCGCGGGAACGUGCGACCGGUUCAUGGAGAAGGACAAGAACAACGGGCUGACGAUGCACUCGGUCGCGGAGCAGAAGCAGUUUGUCCGGCUGCUGAUCCAGAAGCUGAUCAACGAGGCGCAGCGGAAAAAGGACGACUUGAUCGCAAUGCUGGAGCUGAUGUACAGCGACUACGAGACGGCCAAGCAGCGGUACGACGUAUCCUGUGCAAAAGUAUCGUACUCGUAUUGCAAUCAUGCAUUACGAAUCUUUUUCUUAAAGCAAUCCGCAUUACAAAUUUUAUCCCUCAUGCUGAGAAAAUUUGUAGUGCAUUUUUUAUACGAGUGCGAUACUUUUGCAGUUCAUACGACGACAACAAGAACGAGAUCCGGCGGUACAGCCGCAAGUCCGGGUCCUGGAGCCGCAUCAUGCUGACGCCCACGGACCCGGCCACCGGCGCGCCCAAGGCCGGGGAGCCGAUGCAGCCCGUGGGGAAGACGCUGAUGGACCUGAUGAUGAAGAACAUGAACCUGAUCCCCGCGAACGUGAAUCUGGAGCGGAAGAUCCACCAGAUCCUGGACGAGCUGGUGAAUGGGACCUGCGACCCCGGGCAGCUGUUUUUCGAGUGCGACCCCGCCAAGUGGGGCCUGAUAGCCAUGGAGCAGCAGCAGAGCUCCAACUUAUGCAUUGCAAAUAUGUCUGGGUGUGGAAGGUUUCAACUUGUGAUGCUGUCUUUCGAUUCUAAAACAAUCUGUCUUGCAUGACCAGCAAGAAGAGUCCAGUUUGUGCUACACGGAGAGGACAUUUCUCAUGCGGUAGAGGUAUCACAAAGCGCGCUAAAAAUCUGUGAUGCUAGGUCAUGCAUCACAGACGCCAUAGGUCACGUAGCAUGUGCAUGACAAACCUGGCAAGCUCCCAGACCCAGACAUAUUUGCAACGCAUAGAACUCCUACUUCGCGAAAACCGACCAGUUCGCGCCGGUGCGCGAGAAUUUGAAGCAGGCGGUCACGCACUUCUCGGACCUGCUGCACGGGCUUUCCUCCAUGUCCGUCUCGGACCUGCAGACCUAUCCUGAGUAAAAACGUACCCACACCAGAGUCAAGAUGGGGAUUUUGCAACACAAACCUAGGAGUUUUGGGAGUCACGCAUGACAAGUUUCAGUCCGUAAGGUAGUGCAAGUUAGCAAGGAAAGCCGCAUCACAAAUCGACCUGCUGAUCCUGUUCACAGCAUCACAAAUUCCAAAACACGAUUGGAAAUGGCUCUCAUGGGGAUGCGCGUCACAAAUGUCUUUGUCAUUGCAAAUCUGCAUUACAACUCUGGGGUGGGUACGUUUUUACUCAGGAUAAGACCCUGGUGGAACACAGCAUGGACACCGUGAAAACCUGGCAGCAGGACAUGGUCAAAAACUGCAUCUCCAACGACGGAGACAUAUGCAUUGCAUCAAAUAUGUCUGGGUGGUCUGGAAGAUUGCAGCUACAUUUGUCUUGCAUGUCUGACAUGCCUCAAGAAUUGCGAUGCAUGGGCACGGAGCGGUCCUCUUAAUACCUGUCAUGCAAAAACGCAGUUUGCCAUGCGGAACACGAAACGCAUAGGAGCCCAAAAAUUUGUCAUGCUUGGCUCAGUGUUGCAGUGAGCCAUUCCUUGUUCUUCACCUUUAGCAUAUAGAUAUACAACUUUCCAGACCUCUCAGACAUGCUUGCACUGCAUAAGACAAAAAAGCGUACAAAAACGACUGCGAGGCCGUGCUAAAAACGGGCGACUCCGUGCGUCCGGCGCACUGGCCCGAGGUCGCGCAGAACGCCCUCACCGCCCUCAGUCAAGCGCUCUACCAGACUCUGAAGUGAGUUCCUCGAAACUACGAUUGCUAGUGCGAUUGUUGUUGUGGCCGCGAAGGACUCAACCAAGGUUUUUCCGGUCACGGCGAUUAUAUGAGUUUGCAAACGUUAUGGCUAUGUAAAAAUGUUCAUUGAAAACUGGAUGUAAUGAAUCUCUCGGUGUUACUUCGUAUAAUUGAUUGUGCAUGUAUAAGUACUUCACUUUAUUUGCUAUCACUAUCAGGUAAUUCAUCAAGUCUUCUUCAGAAUGGUUUUUAUCUAUUUCUCGAAAGUCAAAGCUCCAAAACUAAAAACGCGACUCGCUUGUAUUAUUGUAACUUUCUGUUCGGUUGUGAUGCUAAAGUUUAACUGCUUGUUGACGCUGAUCUACUUAAUAAAAGGCUGUGUCUUGUCCUGUAACUAGAAAUAAUUCAUUGAGCCUGCCGAUUUUCGAUCAUGGUCACUCGCAGCGGAACAGCAGGGAAUAUUGGUGAAAAACCAUGCCGCCACUGCUACCCAGCUGCCGUAACUACACACACAAUGCCCCGAGGACCAUGCUACUUAUUUAGCCGACUGGUGGACUACAGGCUACAAGUACAUCGAAAGAAAUCGGAUGCCGGACUUGGUUUUGUAGAAAAACGCCGGCAUUGGGUAUUUUUUCCCCGUCGCGCUCGAACAGAAUGAAAAGCAUUCAACACUUCAAGAAAACAGCAUUAAAACUAAAAAAGUACAUUCACGCGCGAUGACAAUGACUGUAUGAUGGCGGUAUAGUACGCAUCAGUUCUAUGGAUUGUUGUUGGUAAGUACUGACACGUGAUAUGCGUGAAGAACUGUGUAUGAUUUGUUGCUGCCAGGAGGUCGGAACCAGUAGGAUGACGAGUCGAAAAUAUAAUUUUCGACCGGACACGACAAUCGAUUCUGCAGGUCCUCUUUCUGAUUAGCAUGUAGCGCCCGUCAUUCCGUGCGUCGUGCUGACGGUAAGAAAAGGCUCGGGAUCGGACGAACACAAAAAUCGAUCUUCUAGUACUUGAAAAACCGCUCCUGUAGCAUGAUGUGCGUGAAAGAUGACAAGGAUAUAAAUUUGG